CAAAGAAGUCUGGGACGGAAUGAGACGGCACGCGUGACUUCCUGUUUAACUUUCUCUUGCUUUUGCAUUCUGACACGCCUUUGCCAGGAAGAAUAGAUUAGCUGACUUGAUUAAAAAUUAAGAGUAAAGUUUUAAGUCUGUUUUGAAUUAGUUGUGACCUGUUUUCUUUUAGCACAUUUAUUUACUUAUGAGUAUGGAUAAGUUAAGACGUGUGCUAAACGGCGCAGAGGAUGAAGAGCAGGGACUCACUACACAGGUGUUCGAUGGGACAACUUUAAGCUUUGGUACCAGAGUAAAAUGGUUUGCUAUUUGUUUUUGUACUGGAGUUCUGUUUUCUAUUCUUGGUACAGCUCUUCUUUUUGUCAACGUCAAGCUAUUUGGUGUUUUUUACACUCUAGGAAAUAUUGCAGCAUUGGCAAGCACAUGCUUUCUAAUGGGUCCGCUUAAGCAGCUCAAAAGAAUGUUUGAUCCAACAAGAUUAAUUGCUACUAUUGUUAUGCUACUGUUCUUUGCUUUGACACUUUGUGCAGUCUUCUGGUGGAAUAAAAAAGGACUGGCAAUUAUCUUCUGUGUGUUACAGUUUUUAGCCAUGACAUGGUACAGUCUGUCAUAUAUUCCUUUUGCAAGGGAUGCGAUCAUAAAGUGUUUUACAUCCUGCAUGAAUUAAAUAAAAAAACGGAUCUCAGGUGCUGCAUAAAAUUAUUCACAGAAUGAGCAAAACCAGAAGAGGAAACUGUUUCAGUUGUACAGUAUGUGUGUGUAAAUAUUAUAUAAUACACAUGUCUAAAGACAGCAUAUAUUAAUUGCUAAAGUGCCUUUUUAUUAAUACUACUUUAUACACUAUAUCUUCAUUCCAAAGAUGUUGAGUAAAAAAGUUUAUAAUCAAAAGUUAUGUAUUUUGCUGUAUGUUAAUUACACUUUUUUGUAUAUUUUUGGAAUUGUUUGAAAUAGUCUUGCUUGCUUGGUGAUUUUUCUAAAAUAUCAUAGUAAAUAACACCAAACACUUGCAGAGAGUAAUAAUGUGAAUUAUAUUUUGAAACACAUACAACACAAAACUGUACUUGCCAUAGUAUGCUUUAUACAUUAUAAGUGAAAUCGCACAAAAUUAUUUGUAAUGCUUUGGUUGACAAUGUUCAAAAUACAUUUACUUUAAGUUAUUAGACUGUUUAAGAGAAAAAAACGUAACUGUUCAUACUUGCUUCAACUAUUCAUACUUGCUUCCUCCAAUUUAGGCAGUAAUCUUACAAUCACUCAGACCAGACCAGAUUAAAGAUGCAAUUUAGCCUAAACUGAAUGUCAUCUUAGUGUUCAAAAACAGCAUACAAAAAAAGCUACAUUUCUAGCUAGUAAUGUGUAAGCUAAAGGUGUACAGUUUAUAAAGUCUCUUAGUAAAAUAAUGUAUUUUACAAAGAAGCAGUAUGUGAUUUAUAUUGUUUAAGAAAACAAUGUUAUGCAGCAAAUACAUGUUGGUUUUUUUUCUUUUAAAACACCUGGAAAUUAGUUCUAAUGGUCUUUUACAUGCAGUAUUGUUAUACAGUAGGACUGCAAAUUAUGCUGAUUUCAGUUGUGCACUUAUUUUUUGCUGCUCCUUUUCUUCUAUUGGCAAUACCACAACCUUAUGUCUAUGCCUUUUUUUUUAAUUUUAAGUUACUGUUAGUAUUAGUUUGUUGCAUUUGUGUAAGUGUUUCCUAGAAGCAUAAUGUGAGUUUUUGCAAUUCCAUUCACAUUUUUUUCCAAUUACACAGGCAUAGUCUCUUUCCAAUACAGUAAUUGGACAGUGUAACUGUAAUGUAAAAAUUUGCAUUUUUUUUUGUUCAAACUAUAUUAUUAAUUGACCGUGUUGAUCUGAACACAUUGAGAUGAAUGUCUCCAAAAUACAAUCCUAUAUAAAACAGUAAGUGAUCAGAGUGUCUGAUAAUUACUAAAUGAGGCUUGCCAGUCCAGCCUCUAAUUUUUUCUACCCGUAAGACUAGGAAGAAUUUUUUCAAAGUGCGGUUCUGACUUACAGUUUUAUAGUUAGGCAGCAUCAAAUUACAAUGCAGUUUACAGGCCCACUGUACUUUCAAUUCUUAUUGUGGAUUUUACAAAUUAAUAUGUUUUUCAGGCUCACUCAGUUUUUAUAAAUAUUAAUUUUUAGUUUUAAGAAUAUUGUAAAUAUUUUUAUUUAAUCAGUCAUCCAUGUAAAUGCACUGAUUAUACUAAUGAACUGUAAAGCUCAAUACAAAACAACAAAGAGAUUGCAUUACGAAAAGGAAGAAAAAAUGCUUAGUGCUUCAUUCAAAGAAGCUAGUAUAUGGAAAGGAACAUAUUCAGUAGAAAAAUAUACUAAUAAAAGGAAACCAAGUUCUGAUGAGAAUAAUGUAAAAUCAGCAAAUUACAUGUUUAUAUUUAUGAUAAUUUUGAAUGAAAUAGGUUUUUUUUUUUUUUUUUAAAUCAGAAAAACCUUGUGAAUAAUAAGAUGUAUAUGGAGUAUAGAUGCCACAAAGACAAAUAAUUCAUCAUUUUGUGCCUUUGGAAUAGCUACAGCAAACAGGAUAGAUAAUUAGUUUUAUUUUCUUAUUUAUUUUUAAAAUGUGGAGUCUAGAAAAUAUUUUUCAAUUUAAAAGAAGUGUGGUGUGCUAUACCCAAUUUAGUAUUUUUGUGAUGCACUGUUUUAUAAAUGUCAGCUAUAUUUUUGUAGGGGACAAAAUUGCUUUAAUCCAACCAAAAAUAUAGAUAUUCUGUAUAUAACUUCACAGUAUCAGGUUUAUGGGCCUGUUGAUAGAAGUGCAUUGAAAGGUUUACUCAUGAUUUAAAAAGAUAUAAAAAAAAAACCAGGUAAUUGGCAAAAUAAUGUUACUUUUUGUUAACUUUGGCCUUUCCAAAAAGAACAGUAAUACCUCACAAUAUCAAAUUUCAGACUCUUAAGGUAGUACUUUUUUUUUUUUUUUUUUACAAAUAAAUAUCUUUUUUUGUCUUUAUUCAAAAAAUUCAAGUGUUAUUGCCUCAUUGUCAAUGUAUUGUCAUUCAACAUUUGAAUAAUGAUUCAUUUCACUGUUUCCUUUAAUAAUUCUAACUGUACACUCAUUAAGCCUGUAAGUGCUAUUUUCAAAUUGAUAUUGUUAUUUGAAAUGUUAAUAUUAAUUUUACUGUUUUCCUUCAAUAAUUCUAACUAUAUAUUAGCCAAUUGGGAGGGCAAUCCUGUAUUAUUGGUUUAUUAUAUUUUAAAUGCAUUUUAUUCUUUUGUCUGUUUUAAAACAUGUUCACAAUGUUAUACUGAGAAUAAUUGACUGGUCUUGCCUUUGUCAAAUCCUUUUAUCUGUUUUGGCAUACAGUAAUACUGCCAAUUAGCUUAUUUUCUAACGUGCCGGCAUGCUGGGUUGAAAUUAGCAUGUGUAUAGUGUGUUCUGAAGAUUCCAUUUCAUUCUGAUGGGUAAUUUGCAUCUUUAAAUACCUCUGGCCACUCCUUCAGCUGCCAAUUGUUUCAUAUAAUUAAUCCCCCUAUGUUCUGCUUACCUUAUGAAGUAUUUUAUUCACUGAAGUUAUUUCAAAGCUCACAAUUAAAUUCAAUGGAGACCUCCUACUCGGAAGAAUAAAAGCAGGUUUCCAAAUAUUUAUUUAAGUGGAUUAAUUUUCAAAUGUAUUUCAGCAAUAUAAAAUUACAUUAUUUAUUUUAGUUGGGGAAAAUGUAAGAGGUGUUGUGAGGACAAAUAAAUUGCAUUAUUUCAAUUAAUCAGUGUUGAGUAUAUACAUACAAAUAAAAAGCAGGUGCAGCUUUAAAGCUGUGAUGUGUAAUUUUUAUUUACAUUGUGACUCAUUCUGAUUUAAUCAUGUAGUUUCUAAAUUUAACAACAAGUACUAGAUAAUAUAAAUAAAUAUGUCAACAAAUUUCCACAUCAAUCAAGUAUACUGUACACUGCUGCCAAGAAAAAAUGAUGCAAUUGUUAAAAUUUGUUCAUGUGAAGGCAAAGCUCUUAUUUAUUAGGAAAGGUAGACUAUUAAUAAAUAUAUGUGCUCUUAUUUUCA